AUGGCCUCGGCAGGUGACGAAGCCCCGAUCCUGAUCAUCGGGAUCGAUUUCGGCACAACCUACUCGGGGGUCGCCUACUCGCGCCGCAAGAACCCCCCCAAGCUCAUCACCAACUGGAAGAACCUGCGCAACUUCAACCAGGACAAGGAAAAGGUCCCGUCGGCAGUCUUCUACGACCAAAUGACUGCGGGUGAAUCUUCCUGGGGCUAUGCCGUGCCCAUCGGAGAAGGCGUGCUGCGGUGGUUCAAGCUCCUGCUCGUCGACGAGAAUGACCUGCCUUCCGAGAUCCGCAGUUCCCCUCACGUCGCAACCGCCCGGGCCCUGAUCAAGCAACUCAAAAAGACCCCGGUAGAAGUCAUCGGAGACUAUCUGGGCGAGCUGUGGAAGCACAGCCGCGAGAACAUCAUGAGGGCCGUGGGCCAGCGCGUGUUCAAGAUAUCCCGCCUUCACUUCGUCGUGACCCUGCCCGCCAUCUGGCCCCAUUAUGCUAGAACUCGCAUGGAAGAAGCACUAGUGCGAGCUGGAAUUCGAGAGGCGAGGCCUGCGGGGGAGACCAUAGUCGACUUCAUCUCUGAGCCUGAGGCGGCCGCUCUGGCGUGCCUCGAGGGUAGCUCUGAUGAGAUCGACCUAAACCCAGGACAACAUCUGAUUGUCUGCGAUGCCGGCGGCGGCACUGCCGACAUCAUCACUUAUACGAUCCUCAAGAUGAACCCAUUGACAGUCCGAGAGAGCGUUAGGGGCGAUGGUGACCUCUGCGGCGCCAUGUUCCUCGACGAGAGCUUCCUGAUCCACCUCAAGGAGCUCAUCCCAGCCGAUGUGAAGGGCAAGAUGAGGGAUGGCGUGCUCCGGAAGAUCAUGAAUGAUGAUUGGGAGCACGGCAUCAAGCCCUCCGUCUGUAAAGGCAGUAUGGUCGGCAACAAGAUCACUAUCCAGGCCUCUACCGUUCGUGAUAAUGUGUAUCGGCCACAGAUUGCCAAGAUCGAGAACCUCGUCGAUGAACAGAUCAAGCAAGUGAAAAAAGACUAUGGACGUAAACCGAAGUAUCUUAUUCUUGUGGGCGGCUUUGGAAAGUCCGAGUUCUUGUACGAGUGUCUCCAAGAGAAACUCGGGAAGAAGAUAGAGAUUCUGCAGGACAGUAACAGCGACCCGUGGACUGCAGUCGUUCGCGGUGCCGUUUACCACGGGCUUGUCCGCAGCAAGAUGACCGACAACCUCAACGUCUCCAUCGAGUCACGCAUCUCCCGCUACAGCUACGGGACCUUGGUCAAUGCGAUGCCCUUCGAUGCAACAAUGCAUGAACAAGAAGAUCGCUUCUACUGCUCCGCGAACCAAGCUUGGCUGGCCGCGAACCAGACCAUGUGGUUUGUUGACAUUAACGAAACCGUCUCGGCCCAUAAGCCACACAAGUUCAUAUGCUGGCAGGAGUUGAGCAGCCCGGACGAUGAAGUCGUCGUUGACAUCGUCUUCUCUGACGCAGAGACGCCCCCUAAGCGUCAAGAUGGGACCGUCAAACCACUACGCGUCGUCAAAGUUCCUCAGAUCCCCGACUGGGGCAAGCUUCCUCGCUGGAAGAAUUCAAACGGAGAAGAGUUCCGGCACUUUGAGUAUGAGUUGCGCAUGGUCAGUGAUGGCACGUCCCUCAAUUUCUCCGUCUAUCACAACAAGCGCAAGAUUGCCACCGAAAGCGCGAGUUUCGAAUCGAGCGGUUGUGCCUCUGCUGGUGCUGGUUCUGCUUCUGGUGCUGGUGGAAGUGCAUCGAAGCCUCCAAGAGCGUCGAACCGGCAGAUGGGCCAUCAACCUGACCCUGACUACAACGAGGAGAGCGGGAGCGAGGAAGAAGAAGAAGAUUUUGAGAUGGAGGAUUGA